AUGGCCUCGUUGGCACCAGCUCUACCGCUAUGGCGCACUCUUGCACCUCGUCUCUCCAGAGACCUCUUCACCUGCCGCCAAUGUCUGCGCAACCAAGGCCUCGCCGCUAAACCUUUGCGCCGAUAUCACGCCACCCGAGUCCGGACUACCAUCCUGAACAGCACGAACCGCCAGUUUUUCACAUCCAGUCUUAGAAAAUCGGCCACUGCAUCGACCACUGAAAGCGCUGCUGCAAACGGGGCUAAGGAAGCCAAGUCCAAGUCGAGUUUCCCCAGAGUCAGCGAUAAAUCUGUCGCGUACUGGCUUCUGGGCAGUGCCGCCAGUGUCUUCGGAAUUGUUGUCUUUGGUGGAUUGACACGGCUGACUGAAUCGGGGCUGAGUAUCACCGAAUGGCGACCCGUGACCGGCUCUAUGCCCCCCAUGAAUGCAGAAGACUGGGAAUCCGAGUUUUCGAAAUAUCGCGCCUCUCCAGAGUUCCAGCUCCUGAACCCACACAUGACCCUGUCUGAAUUCAAGUCGAUCUACUACAUGGAAUGGAUCCACCGACUCUGGGGCCGGUUCGUUGGGCUAUCCUUUGUCCUGCCCGCCGUGUACUUUGUCGCGCGGAAGAAGGUGUCCACGCCCAUGGCGUGGCGCCUGGCAGGCAUCGCGGGUCUCAUUGGAUUCCAGGGCUUCCUUGGCUGGUGGAUGGUCAAGUCUGGUUUGAAGGAUGACCUCUUUGCGCCGGGCAGCCACCCGCGAGUGAGCCAGUACCGGCUUACGGCACACCUUGGCGCCGCGUUUACGUGCUACGUCGCAAUGUUGUGGAACGGACUUGCUAUCCUGCGAUCUCACCGGCUUCUGGCGGAUGCGACUUCUGGUCUGGGCCAGCUCGACGCGCUGCGUGAUCCGCGCCUAAAACUCUUCCGCCGUUCUGUCGCGGGCCUGGCUCUUCUAGUUUUCGUUACUGCCAUGUCCGGCGGCCUGGUGGCCGGCCUGGACGCAGGUCUUAUCUAUAACGAGUUUCCCUAUAUGGGCAAGGGCCUGACACCACCGAGUUCCGAGCUGUGGGACGCACACUACUCCCGCCACGAGGACCGUUCUGAUCUCUGGUGGCGCAACAUGCUCGAGAACCCGUCCCUCGUCCAACUAGAUCACCGUAUUCUCGCCAUGACCACUUUCACGGCUAUCAUGGGUCUCUGGGCGUACACGCGCCGCUCGGCAACGAUGAAGCGUCUGCUGCCGCCAGCCGCGAAGAAGGGCGUGCAUGGCGUUGUGGCUUUUGCCUUCAUGCAGGUCGGUCUCGGCCUCACCACCCUGCUCUAUCUUGUCCCGACUCCUCUGGCCUCCGCCCACCAGGCUGGAAGCCUGUUUCUUCUCACCUGGGUCCUUGUUCUCGGUAGCCGCGUCUGGCAUCCGUCGCGGACGGCGAAGUUGCUGCAAAUGGCAGCUAAGGCUCGCGGGCAGCAGCUAUCACACGCGGCUGCUUCCAAGAGGCUGUGA